GUGGUGGUGGCGGUGGCGGCGGUGCCGUCAGCUCGGGAGGCUCGGAGUCGGGAGGCCCCGGGGCCGGCGGGGCGGAGGAGGGCCGCGCCAGCCCGCUGCGGCGGGGCUACGUGCGGGUGCAGUGGUACCCGGAGGGCAUCAAGCAGCACGUCAAGGAGACCAAGCUGAAGCUUGAAGAUCGUUCUGUGGUCCCUCGAGAUGUGGUCAGACAUAUGAGCUCCAGCGACACCCAGUGUGGAACUGUAAUUGAUGUCAACAUCGAGUGUGCUGUGAAGCUGGUUGGAACCAACUGCAUCCUCUACCCUGUCAACAGCAAAGACCUGCAACAUAUCUGGCCUUUCAUGUAUGGUGACUACAUAGCCUAUGACUGCUGGCUGGGCAAGGUCUAUGAUUUGAAGAAUCAGGUCAUCCUCAAGCUUUCCAAUGGAGCCAGGUGUUCUAUGAGCACGGAAGAUGGAGCCAAGCUGUACGAUGUUUGUCCUCACGUCAGUGACUCGGGUCUCUUCUUUGAUGAUUCAUACGGCUUUUAUCCUGGGCAAGUCCUCAUUGGGCCUUCUAAAGUCUUCUCCAGCGUGCAGUGGCUCUCGGGUGUGAAGCCUGUUCUGAGCACAAAGAGCAAGUUCAGAGUGGUGGUGGAAGAGGUACAGGUGGUAGAACUAAAGGUUACUUGGAUCACUAAAAGCUUCUGUCCUGGAGGUACUGACAGUGUGAGUCCCCCUCCCUCGAUAAUCACCCAGGAUAAACUGUCCAGGGUAAAGCGGCUGGGGUGCUUUGACCAUGCCCAAAGGCAGCUCGGGGAGAGGUGCCUCUAUGUGUUCCCGGACAAAGUGGAACCUGCAAAAAUCACCUGUGAAUACCCAGAGAGGAACUGUGUCCUGGGGGAAGGAUCCGUUGCCAAAAAGGUGAGGCGACUGCUGAAGAAGCAGAUAGUGAAGAUCAUGUCGUGCUCCCCGGAGUCUCAGGGUACCAGCGAAGCCCCUGACAAAGAGUCUGCUGCAGCUGCUGACCAAAAAUCAGAAGAGCUUAAGCCUGAAUCGAAGUGUGAGCUGGAUGAUUCUUCCACCAGUGCGUCGAGUCCUGGGGAGAGAAAGGAGGAGCAGCCUGAAGAAACGGGGAAGGAGAAAGGGGGAGCAGCAGCGCGACAGCAGCAGCCUCCCUUUCUGCUGAAAGAUGAAGGCUCGUCCGACUACCGGCUUCAGUCCAUGGAGCAAGAUGCUGAUGAUGAGGCAGCUGAUGACACCGAUGACACUAGCUCUGUCACCUCUUCUGCUAGCUCCACUGCCUCAUCCCAGAGCGGCAGUGGCACCGGCCGCAAGAAGAGCAUCCCUCUUUCCAUCAAAAACUUGAAGCGGAAGCACAAGAAGAAGAAGACCAAGAUUUCACGGGAGUUUAAGCCAGGAGACAGGGUUGCUGUGGAAGUGGUGACCACGAUGACUUCAGCUGACGUGAUGUGGCAGGAUGGCACCGUGGAGACAAACAUUCGCUCCAACGAGCUGAUUCCAGUCCAUCAUCUGGACAACAACGAGUUCUGCCCCGGGGAUUUUGUGGUGGACAAAAGAGCUCAGAGCUCCCAAGACCCUGGGUUAUAUGGAGUCGUGCAGUCUGGUGACCACAUUGGCCGUACCUGCGUGGUGAAGUGGUUCAAGCUGAAAUCCAGUGGAGAUGAUGUAGAGCUGAUCGGGGAGGAGGAGGACGUGAGUGUGUAUGAUAUUGCUGAUCAUCCAGACUUUCGCUUCCGCACUACUGACAUCGUGAUCCGCAUUGGCAACUCAGAUGGAGCCACAGCUAAGGAAGAUGAGCCUUCGGUCGGACAAGUGGCUCGUGUGGAUGUCAGCAGUAAAGUGGAAGUGGUGUGGGCUGAUAACUCCAAGACUAUCAUUCUGCCACAGCACUUAUACAAUAUUGAAUCAGAAAUUGAGGAGUCAGACUACGAUUCUGUUGACGGCAGCACCAGCGGGGCGUCCUCUGAGUGGGAGGAUGAAAGCGACAGCUGGGAGACAGACAAUGGCCUCAUGGAAGACGACCACCCAAAAAUUGAGGAGCUAGAGCCUGAGGAGCCACCAGCAGAGGAGGUGAAAAAAGUAGAGGAACAAGUCCAGGGAGCUGUGGCUAUGGCAGUUGCAGAUCUUGCUGCAGAGAAAGCUGGCAAGGACGGAGCCCCCAAGAGCUUCCGGGAACUAAAAGAGGCCAUCAAGAUCUUGGAAAGCCUGAAAAAUAUGACUGUGGAGCAGCUGCUGACUGGCUCUCCUACCUCCCCAACUGUGGAGCUGGAAAAACCCACUCGGGAGAAGAAGUUUUUGGACGAUAUUAAAAAGCUGCAGGAAAACCUAAAGAAGACCUUGGAUAAUGUGGCUAUUGCAGAAGAGGAAAAGAUGGAAGCCAUGGUGGAGACAGAGAAGAAAGAAGAAAAAGCAGAGGCACAGACACCAGUGAGGUCAGAGUGGCCCAGUGAGACACCAGUGCUCUGCCAGCAGAGUGGAGGCAAGCCUGGAGUCACCUUCACCAGUGCCAAGGGAGAAGUCUUCUCUGUGUUGGAGUAUGCUCCAGAUAGCCAUGCCUUCAAGAAAAUGGAGUUCCAGCCCCCAGAAGCCAAGAAGUUUUUUAGCACCGUGCGGAAAGAGAUGGCUCUCCUGGCCACCUCCCUCCCUGAUGGCAUCAUGGUUAAAACCUUCGAGGAUCGAAUGGAUCUCUUCUCAGCACUUAUCAAAGGGCCCACACGCACGCCCUAUGAAGAUGGCCUCUUUCUCUUCGAUAUCCAGCUCCCCAACAUCUACCCCGCUGUCCCACCUCUCUUCCGCUACCUCUCCCAGUGCAGUGGGAGACUGAACCCCAACCUGUACGACAAUGGCAAAGUGUGUGUCAGCCUCCUGGGGACAUGGAUAGGCAAGGGCACAGAAAGGUGGACCAGUAAAUCCAGCCUCCUUCAAGUGCUCAUCUCCAUCCAAGGUCUCAUCCUUGUGAACGAGCCCUACUACAACGAGGCGGGUUUUGACAGCGACCGGGGUCUCCAGGAGGGUUAUGAGAACAGUCGCUGCUACAACGAGAUGACACUGAUCCGGGUGGUGCAGUCCAUGAUGCAGCUGCUGCGCAGGCCGGUGGAAGUCUUUGAGCAUGAAAUCCGGGAGCAUUUUCGCUGCAACGGCUGGCGCCUGGUGUCCCGCAUCGAGUCCUGGCUGGAGACGAACGAGCUGGUGGAGAGGAGCCACGAACAGGCCAACGGGGCAGAUUCCUCCUCCCUUCUCUCUGCCUGCGGCACCCUGGCCGAGAGCCCGGGAGACAACGCGGGAUCCCUGGGGGAAUACGGCAGCAGCUCGGAGCAGGGGGCGGCCGCCGAGCUUUCCGACUCGGCGCUGGAUGGGAAGGAGGAGCUGGACGAGUCGGAGUUCACCACCUCCACGUCCAACGUGGGUGAUCUCCAACAGUACUCAGACUCGGAGAGCACGGGCCAAGCCAGGGGGUCAGACCUGGCCAGAGACCGAACGGACGAGGGGAAGGCUGCCCAGGACUCUGCCUCGCAGCCUAGCGUGAAACCAAAGAAAAGGAGAAAGAGCUACAGGAGUUUCCUUCCGGAGAAGAGCGGUUACCCUGAUAUCGGGUUCCCCCUCUUCCCCUUGUCCAAGGGGUUCAUUAAAAGCAUCCGCGGUGUCUUGCAGCAGUACCGGGCUGCCUUAGCAGGGGCCAACAUCCCAGAGUGGACAGAGGACAAAUAACGGGUGAGGUGAGGGACAGGCAGGUGCAGGGGAGAAGGGAAAGCAGCAAGAAAGGAAAUUGGCAAACGCUGUGACCAUUAAACUGGCUUCUCCUUGCAGCUUUUCUUCCUCAGCUUGGUUUGUUCCAAAGAGGGUGGCAGGCCUGAUCGCGCCUCCGAGGAAAGGUUGUCUGAGCAUGAAUUAACUCUUUGCCCCCAGCCCUUCUUCCUUCCCCCUGUCCCCUGUACGUUGCUCCUCUUGCGAGUUUGACCCUGCAAUGGUAAGAUUUGAGACCUGCACAGAAGCAGUCUUGCAGCCACGUUCCCUCUGCACUUUCAUCUUGGGGCACCUUUUCCACACAAGGACUCUUCCCACCCAGCGCUCCCCCCAGCAGUUUGUUCUUGGGGGGGUUGGUUCAAGCCAGGAGAAGCGAUCGCUGUAGAAUCUGGAAGUGAAGGGCAAUGCCCUCCCAGUCUUUCAUUUUUCUCUCUGUUACCAUGGAUUUAAUGAAAUCUACCCCAGCUUAUACAUACUUAGGCAUUGGAUUGUGUUCGCGUCGAAGUUGUCUACACCCUACAGAGUUGCUCUAGUCUUAGUUGUUCGCCGACAGCUACAAGGUUCUUCUGAUCUUGGUAGGCAGAGCUCUGUGUUCAUCCUUGUGCAGCCCUGGUGGUGCUGCAGGGUUUCCAUCUAGUUCUGCUUGAUCUUCUGGAAGCCAUUCUAGCCAUCCACACUUUUUCUCCAGAGUAAGGUGAUUUUUCCCUUUCCCCAUCGUGCAUGCCUGUCUUCUAGAAAUACAUGGGAUUCGGGAUUCUGCCCUUCUGACUUAAGUCUCCGUGUCUUUGGUUGCCACCAUCCUGGCUGUCACACAGCACUACAGCUAGUUCUGGAUCUCCUCCUCUCCCGGGCAGGUGGCAGCAGGUGAUCUCGGGAUGUAUUGUAGAUCUUGCAGACGAUCUGGGUGGUGAACCUGGCCUGGUUGCUGCUUCUCCAUCACUUGGCCGUGAUGGAUGGGUAUUUCGGAGCCGUUUGAGCCGGGGUCACCCAAGGGGAAGGAGCUGUGGCGUCGUGACAAGGUCCUGUUGUCCCAGCAGCAGUUUGUGCCCGUUCCUGUGCUGUUACUCAGAUGCUGCUGUGGGCGGUUAUCGGUUCCUUCCCUCCCCAGCCCUUUCCCGUGGUGGCCCUGGGGCCACCGUGGCCGGCGGCGUCGUGGCCCAGCACGUGCUCUCCCCAAUCCCAGCCGGUGACGCUGAGCACUUUGAAGCAGUGACUCACCAGAGUCUCCUGGCCAAGGCACCUUCCCGGAGCCUCUUUUUCUGUCUGCACGCACUUAAUUUCACUCGUGGAGCUGGGAGGUCGUGCUCCAGCACCACUGCGUUUGCCCGACGUUUGUAGGCAUUGGAGAAGCACCCGCUUGGCAUCUGUUGGAGCAGAGUCUGUCAGGGAGAGUCUGUAGGUCCUUCCAGCCAGCACAGGGAGCCAGCGGUGCCGGGCUUCCCGGGAGGAGCUGGGAUGAGCAGAUGGCUCUGCCAGAAGUGAGGAUGGAACCAAAACUCUCCUUUGCUCUUCCUCCGUACGGCUGCGUUCCCUUCCCUUCCACCUCGGGCUGGGAUCUGGUCUUUUGGUUCUGAAUUGGAGAAGAGCAGGCAAAUCUCAGUGUGUUUGCACAGGGCUUUCUGCUUCUUCAACCACCAGAUUCCCCCACCCCUGCUAUUCCCAGCUGCCUCCCAGGGAUGCUCCGGAGCCGGGGACUGGCUGCCCAAAGCCCUUCUCCUGUCACCACGUGCUGCCAGGAUUUUGGAGGGCACAUCCCGGUGCUCUGGAGGAAGCAGAGCUCAGCUGUGAAGGAAGACCUGGCCCUGCAGAGCUCUGGGAGCACUGGGCUGUGGUGGGGAGUGGGUCUGGCAGCAUCGUAGACCCCCCCCCGAGGGUGCAGGGAGAUGCUUUGAGCCACAGACAGGGCAGCCGGUAACUCACGGCUGCUUUGGGGCUGUGGCUGGUGCUAAAUGAAUGACUGAAUGAAGCCCUUGGAGCCAGGAGGGUCCCCAAAACAGAAAGGGCCGAUGGGGGGCAGAGGGGUGAGGCUGUUGCUUCAGGGCAGGGGAAGGGCAGGCGGAGAGGCUUGUUCCACAAAUAAUUAAACCUCUUACUCACCAGCCAAAAUUGCGGUUGGCGAUGUACGGAGGCCAACUUCCUCCGUCCCCUGUGCUGGGUGCCCUUAGCCCCAUCAGCCAGGGAGGGAGGAGGGAGGGAGCCAGCCCUUUAGGGUUUUAAUGGACAUCAGAGGGACGGGGGAGCUCUGGGGGUUCCCUGCUUUACUUUCCCUGCCCAAUCCUUUACUCUCUUUAUUCUCAUCUCUGGGGGAAGGCGGUUGGCAGGGGCUGGGGAGGAGGACAAGCUGCUUUGACCCCACGAGUCCUCCCCUUCGCCCAAAACAAACAAAAAAAAUCUCUUUAUUUUCCUCUGAUCCUAAUCAAGAGCUUUUGCACAGGUUCCUGGGGCUUCCUACCGAGGAAAGGGGACGCUGCUCCCCAGCCUCCUGCCCCGGCAUCGCUCGCUCUCCGUAGCUGGCUGUCCCAAACCCAAGCGUUGCACGGAGGUUUACAGAUUUUCUAAAGCUUUUGAUAAUGUGAAGCUCCUGGGUGACGAGGUUGGUGGUGAGCACACUGCAGCUAUGUAAUUUUUUUGUGUAUGUAUGUAAUAUUUAAGGGUAACAAAAUUUAAAAGGCUAAAACCUUAAAAAAAAAAAUAAUUAAAAAAACA